UUUUCAUUGCACUCUCGGUCUCGGUGUUGAUUCGUCGGUUCGUGCUUGUGCCUUUGCAUAGGUGCUCUCUUUCUACCACGCCGAAGAACGGCACAGGUCAAACAAGGAGACAAAGCUUAUUAUAUAGCUGAAGUGGAGAGGUUUUCUUUUAACAUGGUGAUGCAGUAAUUUGCUGAAACAAAUUAAAAGUAUUCAUCAAUUGUGGGCGAUUCUGCCGUAAGUUGUGUCCAGUGGUAGAAAAAAGUGUUCUACCCGCCAGCGGUGUGAAAAGUAAAUCCAAAGGACACAAAAAACCUUUAUGGAAUUAGUUUUUUCAUCCUAUCCACUGUACAAAUGUCAAACUGAGGAUUGACUCAUUUGGAAAGCUCUUGUCGGUGAUAACAAUAAGGAGUGUAGAAUAUUUUGAUUUAACUGCAAGGGAGGAGUGGUCGUUCGAAACGUAGUUCAUCUUGUGAUUCUCGGGACGAAAUGGACGGGGAGUCGGAAAAGCAACCGCUUUUGGAGCAGCCAACCCAAACAAGGCAGUCCGAAUCCGAAUCGGAACAACCAUCGCGAGCGAUUGUUGCGGCAUCCUCGAUCGGUCCAGAUGAGGUCCCACCGUCAUACCAGCAGGAUCAGCAGAACAGCGUUAUUGUGACGUGUCGUGUCUGCCAGGCGUUGAUAGACAUUUCGUGGAAGAAAGAACAGCACGUCGUCAAGUGCGUGCAGUGCAAUGAAGCUACGCCUAUCCGCAAUGCACCUCCAGGCAAAAAGUACGUCCGCUGUCCGUGCAACUGUCUGCUCAUCUGCAAGAGCUCUUCCCAGCGAGUGGCCUGUCCGCGGCCAAACUGCAAGCGGAUCAUCAAUCUGGCGCCAAGUCCGGUAACCCCACCGUUGCUCACGAUGCCGGGCAUGUGUCGCGUCACCUGUGGUCACUGCCACGAUACGUUCUUGUUCGAUACGCUAAAAAACAACCUUGCCAGAUGUCCCCAUUGUCGCAAGGUUUCUUCGGUUGGUGCGGAUUUCUGUCGCAAGCGGCGCAACCUACUCUUCCUAGGUGGAUUGAUUUUCCUAGCGAUUGGUAUUGCGGUAACCUACGGAACUAUGCCGUAUGCAAGGAGCCACAGCGGUAUCUUCAUCGCCUACAUCAGCCUAUUUCUGAUCGCAUUGCUACUAUUCGCCAAGACGCUGUACUACUGCACGCUGAAAGUGAGUAACGUAGAGGGACCGAUUUAAGCAGGUGCGUGUGUUGCUUCUAUCGGUAGCAACCUGGGCAAAUUCGCCGUAAGUUGGUGUCUCCCAAAGUUUUGUGUUUCCUUUACCCCCCCCCCCCCCCCCCCCCCCCAUACUGGGCAAAAUCAAACGUAAACUCUUGUAAAUGCAACCACUUGAUCAGUCACAUUCCCAUAAGAGGAUACUAUCGCCUCCCUGCUGAAAGAUAAGUAUUGUUUUGGUGCAAGAACAAAAGAUAUGGUGUAUUUUGAAAGUGGUAUGAACCAUUCGAUUUUUGUUUGCAGGAUAAAGUAGUACCUAGAGCAAAAUGAAAAGGAAACAGUUCGAACAUAGAACUUAGCAAGCAAUUUGCCGAGGAAACACUGUGAAACUGUGUGAGAAGCUAAGAACGGUGAUCAAAGGCUAGUAGUAAAGUUAAAAUGAAACCGCUGAUAUAUGCAAACAUAUUAUGCUUUACUCAUUCUAUUAUUAUCAUCAUUUAAAGUUUAAUAUUUUUACAAAUUGUAAUCACCCCCUUGAAUUUAUAUAGAGUAUAAAUUGUUCCGAAAAUUGAAGAAACAGCCGUGUUUCUAUUCUGUGUUUGUAUGUAUUUAAUUAUUAAAUUGAAGAAAAAAUAACGCAAAUAAAGUAUGGACAGAUUGAAAAGAAUAUUGUAGAAAGCACACGAUUUAAGAAAUAUCGCUGAUUAAACCGAUUGGGUGCAUUGGAAUAAGAACAGAGAAAACUAAAGAUAUGAUAGGGUGGCGGGCAUAAGUUUCAAUCCGUUCCCAUACAAAAGAAAAAAAAAUAAAAUUAUGCCGUAACGAGAGUAAACCACUCAUAUUCGGGUGAAGUGCUUAACUUUACCGCAUUCUGAGCCAAAGCGUUGGCAAAAAAAAUGGCAGGCGCUACUCUCACACACCCGUGCAAAUUAGUAGAGUAAUCGUAUGAAGUGCUUGAAGAUGGGAUCAUUACCCUACAUAAAUAGCAUUGACCGAAAUGAUACACACAUUUAUAAACAUAAUAUAAUAAACAACAAUACUAUCAUUAUUCUAUACAUACCUGUAAUAUUUGAAUAGUAGCUCGAAAAAGGUGGAAUAAAAUCAGCAGCGAUGGUUGUCGGAAAGAUUUGUGUAAUACCUAAAAGCAAAUUAGAACAUAUAGAAUUUAAUAAUGUAGUGAAAUAAAGCUACUUUUAAAUACACAUCUUUUUACAGGAGUUCUCAUGGUUCACUCCUAAUCAAAUGUUGGGGCUACUGUUUUCUUUCAACGUAUGUUUUAUUUUCUGUAUUCACCUAAUAAACUGUGUUUGGUACCAUAGCUAGUUUGAUGCAGUUUGAAUUUGCUAUCGUCUCGCUGUAUAAAACUGUACCGCCAUGCAAAGAUAUUACGAUUCACAUGGACAAAGCUGAUAUUAGGAAAUUUUGCUUCGGGGAAACGCAAACAUCUGGAACAACUAGAAGUUUGUUAAUAUAAAUCUAACCAAUCUACUCCAAUUAUGAUAAAAUAAAUCGAGUUAGCAGGAGCAUACAGUAAA